AUGGGGUGUGGUGGGUCCAACGCCAAAGUUAUAGACAAGCUAAUCCCAACAAAUCCCGACUGGAAGUUUUCUGACAGUAUUAAAGUUGAAGAUAAUCGAAUAGUACAGUAUAAAGAUCAUGGUUCCCUGUCGUCGUGUGUCGGGAAAAACGUCAUCACAUCAAUCUCCGUGAAAAUGAUGCCAUCGCAAUCUUAUCUCUUUGUUGGCCUAAUGGAGCUUAAUGCUUCAAAAAGUUAUACGAUUAACUCUGAUGGGGUGAUGAAGAAUGCUGGGGUAUAUGGCUUAGGGAUGAAACAAGAUGAAGUUAUAAUGAAUGGGGUGACAACGCAUUAUAAGCGUCCAACUAUUAAUAACAAUGAAACUAUAGAAUUAAAGUAUCAGAACGAUAGAAUUAUGUUUAAAAUCAAAAACGAAUGGGACUUACUUUAUGUGGUAGGCGAAGGAAAACAGUUCGUCUUUGUUUGUGAGAUGUGCCAUUUACACUCAAGAGUCGAAAUACUCGAUACUAAUAAGGAACUAUUAACGGGAACUCCUCCAAAGUAA